AUGAAUUGUUUUUAUUUUUUUUUUUAUUUUUUUUUUUUUAAUUUUUUUUUUUUAAAAAAAAAAAUAUCUUUUUUUAAUUUCAAAAGGUUAUUGUGGGUUGAAAGAUUGCAAUCGAAUGUAUAUGCUGAGCAUUGGGAAAUGACAGAGAAAUCAACAAGUAAUAGUAAUACACCUGUUGUUGUACAUUCAAAUAAUGGUACACCUCAACCAAUGAUAGGGUUAAAUAGAAAACUUUCAAAUAAAUCAAAAACUUCAACUCCUAAUAAUAAUAGUAAUAAUAAUAAUAAUAAUAAUAAUAUCAAUAAUAAUAAUAAAAAUAUUCAUUCACCAUCUAGAUUAUUAGAUACUAUAAAUAAACUUCAAUUAGAUGCAUUAGAAUAUGUUGAUUUACCAAUACCAACCAAUAUAUAUGGUUUAUCAAGUAUACCAUUAUUAUUAACUGAUAUUACUGAUACAAGUAAUAAUAAUAACAAUGAAAAGACAAAUAAUAAAAAUAAUAAUACGAUUGUUGAAACAACAUUAGCACAAUCAAUUGGACAAAUUAGUAUGAAUAAUAGUACAAUUAUACCAAAUAAUAGUAAUAAUAAUAAUAGUAGUAAGAAUAUAUUCAUAUCAAAACAGAAUAAAUUAUAUAUAUCAAGUAGAACAAGUUUAAUAUCUGUUGAAUCUGAGGAAGAUUUAGAAACUGGUUCAUUAUCUUGGUUAACAAAUGAAAUUAUAUCAAAUUCUGAUAUAAAUCCUCCACCACCACCACCACCACCACCACAAACAACAUCAACAACAUCAACAACAACAGCAACAACAUCAACACAAACAACUACACAAGCAACAACAACAGCAACAUCAAGAAAUCCAUCAUCACCAUCAAAAAUUACUACAAAUUCAACAACUAGUACACAACCUAAUCAAUUUGUUGAGAAUCAAAUUGUAUCAGUCGAUUCAUUCCUUGAUGAAGGACAACCAGUAAUUGCAUUCACUCAAGUAACACCAUUUCAACUAAAUCAACCAAAUAAUUCAAAAGGUAAAAUAUUAUUUAAUAUUAGUGAUUAUGAAUCAUCAAUAAAUGAUAGUAGUGGUGGUAGUGGUGAUACUACUCCCACAAUUCCAUCAACAACAUCGACAUCAACACAACAAACAAAUAGUCAACAAAACUUUAAUAAUAAUAAUAAUAAUACAACUACGGCAGCACCACCACCACAACAACCUCCACCAAAGAAAAGAUUAGAUAUUUUAAAUUUUAGUUUUCAAAUAUUUGAUAUAGAUUUCAUACCAUUUCAUCUUACUCAUUCAAGAAUUGAACAAUUUGAAGAUGGAAAUAGUAAAAAUGUAUUUCUUUUAUCUGGUAGUGAUGAAAAGAUACAUAUGUAUUACUAUAAUGGUAACGAAUUUGUCGAGGGUGAUAUAUCAAGAUAUUUUCCAGAGAUGUGUAAUUUAGGUUCAAAUGCUUUAAAAAUUGAAAUUAAAUAUUAUCAAAACUUUAGAUUAGUUGCAAUUGGUUGCCAAAAUGGUUUAUUAAAAUUAUCAAUUAUAAAUGAAAUAACCAAAGAAAUAAAGAGUGAAUCUUUUUUUUUAGAUGGUCCAGUUCAGACACUUUGUAUAUAUAAUGAAAAUAUUGAUUUAAAUAAUAGUAAUAAUAAUCAUAUGUAUAAUUGUUAUAAUUAUAAUAAUAACAAUAACAAUAAUAAUGAUAUUGAUAGUUUUGGUAAUUUUGAUAUUAAUCAAGAUGAUUCAAUAUUUUCCAUUAUAAAUGAAAUUAAAAGUAAUACUGAUCAAAUUAUUAAUAAUAGUGAACAACAAAUGAAAAAAAUGCAUUUAUUGGUCGGUAGUAUCAUUGGAUAUUCGGUAGUUUAUAGAAACAUUUUCAAUCAAUUACUUCAAGAUUCUCAUUUAUUGGAAUAUUCAGAUUCUUUCGAUAGUGUUACAAGUGUCCAUGUUUUUGAUAUUGAUGCAGAUGGUCAAAAUGAAUUAUUAAUUGGUACAUAUGGUAUGGAACUAUUGGUUUAUAAAAAACAACAACAACCAAUUGAUAAUGAUAGUAAUGGUUUUAUAUAUAAAUUAAAUAGCCAUCGUCAUUUUUCUCAUCCAAUUCUUGGUAUUCAAACUAUUGAAUUGAUGAAUGAUGGUAUUAAACAAUUAAUCAUUAUGACUAUGUUUGGUGUCUAUAUUAUGCGUGUUCCAAUCUUAAAAUAUCAAGAAGAAUUAUCAACAAGAAUUGAAUUGAUUAAAGAAAUUUUAAAAUUAAAACAGCAACAACAACAACAACAACAACAACAAACUUAA